GCGUUACGGGAUGAAUCUCCACCGACCUAACAACUGAUAGCAGGAGUAGCAGGUCGUUCAUCAUCGGCAGCAACAACAACGGCCCAUCAGUGGAACCAAAAAAGCGAAAAACAAUAACACCUCUGGCUCUGGACGAGCAAAUGAUUCCUUUAUCAGCUCUCGAGGCUGUCAGUCAGAAGUCAGUUGAAUCUCAACUGCUUCAGAGGCAGCAUCCUCCCGUAGGCAGUCAGGAUACAGAUUUGUCCCAGGUCUUAUCUCCCAGGAGUCUGGAUUAUUUUGUUCCUUUUUUUGUGUGUAGUCUAAAGUCCUUUUGCUGAAAAAGUGAUUAGUGAUAACUUUGAAUAUAAUUCUCCAUCAUCGCAUCUAUUGUGCAGAAAUUAUGUGUCUCGCAAAAACGUGACGGUGCAGAGUGAAAAACCAAAACAAUUGGACCACAGUGAUCGUUGUUUAUUUUUAUUUGUGAUUGGAGCGUAUAACUAUUUGGUAAACGUAGCCUCCGAGUGAUAGGCAAAGGUCAAAAAAUGACCACCAACUGCGAAAUCACUGUUACAAGCCCUCAAGAGGCCCAGACCAAGAGCAGUAUAAUUGUGGUCUCCAAUCGGUUACCAUUCGUGCUCAAAAGAGACCCCAAGACGCGCAAUCUGAGCCGCAAUGCUAGCGCUGGCGGACUGGUGACGGCGGUGGCUCCAGUUGUCAUCAAAGGCAAAGGUCUUUGGGUCGGAUGGUCUGGCAUCACACUGUCCGAGGAGGAUGAUAUUCCCGAAUCGGAUCCCACGGAUCGAACACCCACCGCAGGUCUACUUUCAGAACAGGUCGUAUCGGUUAACGUUGAACCAGUGCUGUUCGACAUGUACUACAAUGGCUGCUGUAACGGAACUUUCUGGCCACUGUUCCACUCGAUGCCCGGUCGAGCCACAUUCAAUGCAGAAAACUGGACGGCAUAUUACCAGGUGAAUAAGGAAUUUGCCACCAAGACUAUUGAAGCCUUGGAGAGAUGUUUAAAACAGAAGAAGAACCCAGGAAUACCGAUCGUGUGGAUUCACGACUACCAUCUAAUGCUGGCAGCUAAUUGGGUUCGCGAAGAAGCAGACGAAAAGAAUCUGCCAUGCCAUAUAGCGUUCUUCCUGCACAUUCCAUUCCCACCUUGGGACAUCUUCCGUUUGUUCCCAUGGUCAGAUGAAAUUCUGCAAGGAAUGCUGGCCUGCGACAUGAUCGGUUUUCACAUUCGAGAUUAUUGCUUAAAUUUCGUCGACUGUUGUCAGCGAAACCUCGGUUGCCGAGUUGAUCGAAAAAACCUACUCGUUGAGCACGGCGGUAGGUCCGUCCGAGUUCGACCGCUACCGAUUGGAAUUCCCUUCGAGAGGUUCGUUGAACUGGCGAAAAAAGCCAAACGUGUCCUCAUGACAAACCAGAAAAUCAUCCUCGGUGUAGACCGUUUGGACUACACCAAAGGAUUGGUAAAUCGUCUUAAAGCGUUCGAAGUGCUUCUUGAGAAGCAUCCAGAACAUCGAGAAAACGUAAGCAUGCUACAGAUUUCGGUACCAUCGCGUACCGAUGUAAAGGAAUAUCAAGAACUGAAGGAAGAAAUGGACCAACUUGUUGGUCGGAUAAAUGGUCGGUUCACUACGGCCAACUGGUCUCCCAUUAGGUACAUAUACGGCUGUGUUGGCCAAGAAGAUUUAGCCGCAUUUUACAGAGAAGCAUCCGUCUGUCUCGUAACACCACUACGUGAUGGAAUGAACUUAGUGGCGAAGGAAUUCGUUGCCUGUCAAAUCAAUGAACCGCCGGGCGUUCUAAUUGUGUCGCCCUUUGCUGGAGCGGGAGAAACCAUGCACGAAGCCCUGCUAUGUAAUCCAUAUGAAAUUGAAUCCGCUGCGGAAGUAAUACACCGUGCCCUCACCAUGCCCGAAGAUGAGCGCUCGCUCCGAAUGGCACGAAUGCGAAGACGGGAGAUGCAACAGGAUGUCAACAGCUGGAUGAGACAGUUUCUUAAAGCCAUGGAUUCGCUUGAGGAAGACGAAAUCGGCACCACCACGAUGCAUCCAGUCACAGUGGAUGAUUUCGAUGAUUACCUCUUGAACUACGUCGGAUACAAUCACAAACUGGCCCUACUGUUGGAUUACGACGGAACCUUAGCGCCGAUAGCACCCCACCCGGAUCUGGCAACACUUCCACCAGAGACCAAGAACGUACUUCAGCGAUUAUCGAACCACUCGGACGUGUACGUAGCCGUCAUUUCCGGACGAAAUGUGGACAACGUCAAAGCCAUGGUCGGUAUCGAAGGGAUCACGUACGCCGGAAAUCACGGUUUGGAAAUUCUACACCCAGAUGGAAGCAAAUUCAUCCAUCCGAUGCCCAUGGAAUACGAGGGUAAAAUGACCAAACUACUGAAAGCCCUGCAAGAAACGGUCUGCCAUCACGGAGCCUGGGUUGAGAACAAGGGCGCCCUGCUCACAUUCCACUACCGGGAAACGCCGAACGAACUGCGAAACGAUCUUGUCAACACGGCACGACACUUGAUCACGGACAACGGUUUCAGCGUCACCGAAGCACAUUGCGCGGUGGAAGCGAAACCACCGGUCCAGUGGAACAAGGGCCGAGCAUCGAUCUACAUUCUGCGGACGGCGUUCGGUGUGGACUGGAGCGAACGCAUCAAGAUCAUCUACGCCGGUGAUGACGUGACUGAUGAGGACGCCAUGAUGGCCCUCAAAGGUAUGGCUGCGACGUUCCGCGUCACGAACGCACAGAUAGUGAAGACCUCGGCCGAGCGUCGCCUCCCAUCGACGGAUUCAGUCCUGACGAUGCUCAAGUGGGUCGAGCGACACUUCAUGCGCCGCAAGCCCCGAUCCAACAGUUUGACCUACAAGAACCGCAAGAAGGACGGCAUGAAGAUGCAGCUAGCGUUCGAACUGGUACCGAGCCCGAACCACAGUGCCGCCAACAGCUCGGACGAGCGGGAUUAACGAAACCGUGUGGUUGCCAUGCCGUUAGGGAAACUAUUCAAUGUUUAAAUCUAGGGAUAUUUAAACAAUACUAGGAUUUUAAAACCGUACACAAGUGAAAUAAAAUUUUGCUUAUUGUUUUCGAAUGUGUCUCUUACUGUGAGAUUAGUGUUGGUACUUUUACUACCGUUCAAAUAAAAAAAAAAGAUGAAAUUUAGAUUAAGAUCAA